GUCCAGCUGCCCCCCGCCGCAGCCGGAGCCGUGCCCGUGCCCUGCAAGCUGAAUCCUGCCGAAGCCCUCUCCCCCAAGGUCUACGGGGGCUUCCAGCUCGUUCCUGCUACCGACGGCCAGUUUGCUUUUCUCAUCCCGAACCCUGCCUUUCCACCCAGCUCCGGACCGGUUAUUCCUCUCUAUGCCAACGCCAACGUCCCGGUGUCCGCGGCGGGUAACGCGGCAGCCCCCCCGUCGGCAUCCCCGGUGCAGGGGUUGACAUCAUUUGGGGGCAGCAUUGUUCCAGCGUCCCAGGCGGGGAGUCCCAUCGGCGAGCGCAGUGAAUCGGUGUGGAGGCCUUGGUGA